GGCGCGCAUGCGUGCAGCUCGCUGGAGGCGGUAGCUUCUUCGGCGUCGCGACUGAAGGCUGAGUGCUAGACUGUGUGGGGCGCGAAUGGGAUCCGGCUGUUAGUCGGUAGGCAUAGCUUUGUGUAUUUCUUGGAAAAUUUCGCACCACUUGUGAAUUCCUUGAGCCUGGGCAUUGCAAACCCACUUCUGUUGGGCCCAUCUCCUUUGCACUUUGCUCAGAUUAAGACUCAGUUGGCGCUUCAGCAGCUGAAUGCCGUUGCCUCACAUGGUUCAACACCACCUUACACUUUAUUAAAUCAGGCAUUCUUGAAAGUAGCCAUGUCGAGACCCAGGUUUAAUCCUCGAGGAAACUUUCCACUUCAAAGGCCACGAGCACCUAACCCUUCUGGGAUGAGGCCUCCAGGACCAUUUAUGAGGCCUGGAUCUAUGGGUCUUCCAAGAUUUUACCCAGCAGGGAGAGCCCGUGGAAUCCCACACAGAUUUGCUGGCCAUGAAUCUUAUCAGAACAUGGGACCACAGAGAAUGAGUGUUCAGGUAACUCAACACCGAACUGAUCCAAGAUUGACCAAAGAAAAGUUGGAUUUUCAUGAAGCACAACAAAAGAAGGGGAAGCCUCAUGGUAGCCGGUGGGAUGAUGAGCCUCAUAUAUCUGCAUCAGUGGGAGUGAAACAAAGUUCUAUCACACAGGUUACAGAGCAGAGUCCUAAAGUACAGAGCCGCUAUACAAAAGAGAGUGCCUCAAGUAUCUUAGCAAGUUUUGGAUUGUCUAAUGAAGACUUAGAAGAACUUAGUCGCUAUCCUGAUGAACAGCUAACUCCUGAAAAUAUGCCAUUAAUUUUGAGGGAUAUAAGAAUGAGAAAAAUGGGGCGCCGAUUACCUAAUUUACCUUCUCAGAACAGAAAUAAAGAAGUACUUGGUAGUGAAGCAGUUUCAAGUAAUGUGAUUGAUUAUGGGCAUGCAAGCAAAUACGGCUACACAGAAGAUCCACUUGAAGUACGUAUUUAUGAUCCUGAAAUUCCAACUGAUGAGGUCAAGAAUGAAUUUCGGUCACAGCAGAGCAUUUCUGCUUCUGUUCCUACUCCAAAUAUGAUAUGUAAUACUAUGUUUCCUGUUGAAGAUGUGUUUCGCCAGAUGGACUUCCCCAAUGAGUCCUCAAAUAAUCAGUCUUUUUUCCCAGUUGAAAGUGGAACCAAGAUGUCAGGCUUACACAUUUCAGGACAGUCAGUCCUUGAACCUGUAAAAUCCAUCAGCCAAUCCAUUAGCCAAACAGUUAGCCAGACAAUGAGUCAGUCUCUGAUUCCUCCAUCUAUGAACCAGCAACCUUUUUCAUCUGAAUUAAUUUCAGCUGUAAGCCAGCAAGAGCGGAUCCCACAUAAACCUGUGAUUAAUUCAUCUAAUGUACAUGUUGGAUCAAGAGGAAGUAAAAAGAAUUACCAAUCAGAGACUGACAUUCCCAUUCAGUCUCCCUUUGGGAUUGUGAAAGCAUCAUGGCUACCAAAGUUUUCACAUGCUGAUGUCCAGAAGAUGAAGAGACUUCCAACUCCUUCUAUGAUGAAUGAUUAUUAUGCAGCAUCUCCAAGAAUAUUUCCACAUUUGUGUUCUCUGUGUAACGUAGAAUGUAGUCAUUUGAAGUUCCAUUCUGAUCCUGCCCAGUCUACAGUCCUUGCAGCAUUUUCUGCUUUGGAUUGGAUUCAGCAUCAAAACACAUCUACUCAUAUUGAGAGCUGUCGACAGUUGCGUCAACAAUAUCCUGAUUGGAAUCCAGAGAUCCUCCCAUCAAGAAGAAAUGAGGGCAAUAGAAAAGAAAAUGAAACUCCAAGAAGACGUUCUCAUUCCCCCAGUCCUAGGCGUUCUAGGAGAUCAAGCUCAAGUCACAGGUUUCAUCGAUCUCGAAGCCCAAUACGCUACCCAUAUAGACCAAGAAGUCGAAGUCCAAGAAUUUGCCAUCGUUUCAUUUCUAGAUACAGAUCUAGAUCCAGAUCCCGUUCGCCAUAUCGAAUUAGAAAUCCAUUUAGAGGUAGUCCAAAAUGCUAUCGAUCAGUUAGUCCUGAAAGGACAUCAAGGAGAUCAGUGAGAUCAUCAGAUAGAAAAAAAGCAUUAGAAGAUGUGGUACAACGAUCUGGACAUGGGGCAGAAUUUAGUAAACAGAAGCAUCUUGAAGCAGUUGAUACAGGACACUCUCCAGCACAAAAACCUAAAGUUGUCAGUGGAACAAAGCCAACAGUUAAAUCUAUAAGCUCUACAAAGGGUGAUGCAAAUGUAGGAGGACAUUCUGCUCGUAAAUCAAAGAAUCUUGAAGAUGACACCUUACCAGAAUGUAAACAAGUGUCUGGUAAAGCUGUUUCUCUCCAGCGUAAGCUUCGGAAAGAGCAGUCUUUGCAUUAUGGUUCAGUUCUUCUUUUAUCUGAAUUACCAGAGGAUGGCUGUACUGAAGAAGAUAUUAGGAAGAUAUUUCAGCCAUUUGGAAAAGUUAGUGAUGUCCUGAUUGUUCCAUAUAGAAAGGAGGCUUACUUGGAAAUGGAAUUUAAAGAAGCAAUUACUGCAGUCAUGAAGUAUACUGAAACAUCACCUCUUGUGAUAAAAGGAAAAAAUGUGAAAAUAAGUGUUCCAGGGAAGAAAAAAGCUCAGAACAAAGAAAUGAAGAAGAAAACUUCAGACUCAAAGAAAUUAACUGCAUCUGCUUUAAAGAAAGAUGCAGAUGCUUCAAAAACUGUUGAAACUGUUACUUCAACUUCUGCCAAAACUGGACAAGCCAAGACAUCUGCAGUCAAAGUAAACAAAUCUACAGGGAAAUCAGCGGGUUCUGUAAAAUCUGUGGUAACAGUAGCUGCUAAAGGUAAAGCUGUCAAAACAGGAAAAUCUACUGGAAAGAAAUCUUUAGAAGCCAAAAAGACUGGGAAUGUCAAAAAUAAAGAUUUAAACAAACCUGUAACUGUACCAGCAACUUCUGAAAUAAAGACCAAUACGGAUGCUAAAGCCACUGAAAACAGUGCAAAAGAAACUAUUCCAGAAGCUGCUUUGGAAGCCACAGAAAAUGAACCAGUUAGCAAGGAAACAGAAGAAAUGUGUGUGGUACUUAUUUCUAAUUUACCUAAUAAAGGAUAUUCUAUAGAAGAAAUUUAUAACUUGACAAAACCAUUUGGUGGCUUAAAGGAUAUUUUGAUUUUAUCAUCUCAUAAAAAGGCAUAUAUAGAAAUAAAUAGAAAAUCUGCAGAUUCUAUGGUAAAAUUUUAUACCUGCUUUCCAAUAUCCAUGGAUGGAAAUCAACUCUCCAUAAGUAUGGCUCCUGAAAACAUGAAUAUAAAAGAUGAGGAAGCUCUGUUUACAACCUUGAUUCAAGAAAAUGACCCAGAGGCAGAUACAGAUAAAAUUUAUAGCCAGUUUGUACAUCUUGAUAAUUUACCAGAAGAUGGACUUCAGUGUGUACUCUGUGUUGGACUUCAGUUUGGAAAAGUGAAUCACCACAUAUUCAUGAGUAAUAAAAACAAGGCAAUUCUUCAGUUAGAAAGUCCUGAAUCUGCUCAAUCAAUGUACAGCUUUCUGAAACAAAAUCCACAAAACAUAGGUGACCAUGUAUUGACCUGCACAUUAUCUCCAAAGGUGGAUUUAUCUGAGGCUCAGACUGAGAAGGACCCAGAACCAGGAAAAGAAAGCCCUGACUUGAAAAACAGUCCAGUUGAUGAAAGUGAGGUGCAGACAGCAGCUGAUAGUCCCUCUGUUAAACCUAGUGAGGUUGAAGAAGAAACUACUCCCAAUAUUCAGACAGAAACUUUCAUACAGCAGGAAGAGCCUUGUGAGGAAGAACCUGAAAAAGCGCUGUGUGACUCUGAUUUUGCUAUUGAAACAUUGGAAAUUGAAACUCAAGGGGAGGAGGUCAACAUAGAAAUUCCUCUUGUAGCAUCCACUCCGGCUAGUAUUGAAUUAUUUGUGGAAAAUAUAGAGGAGUCUGCUUUAAAUCAACAGGUGUGUACCAGUGACUUUGAGAAGGAAGAGGCAGAAAUUAUGAACCCUGGAACAGAAUUACCAAUAUCAGAUAGUGUACUUAUAGAAGAAAGGAAUAUCAAAGGAAUUCUAGACGAUUCUCCGUCUGAAACAGAAGAUUUCUUUUCUGGAAUCACACAGUCUAUGGUAGAAGCCGUAGCUGAAGUGGACAAACAAAGUAUUUCAGAAAUAGUGCCAUCAGCUUGUGUUAUGACUGUAGCAUCAGGAAUUUGUACUGGGGAUGAGAAGAUAGUGAGCAAAAAGGAUAUUUCUGAAAAAAGCAACAUGGAUGAAAAGGAGGAGAAUGAAAUUAAUACCAAGGAAACCAGAACGGAUCUACAGAUAGGAACAGAGAAGGCUGAAAAGAAUGAAGCUAAGAUGGUUGCAGAAAAAUUGGAGAAGAUUAUGGUAGCAGUGAAAGAAAAGCCUGCAGAAAACAUUGUAAUCAAGGCUUGCCCAAAUAAAGGAGUGGGUCAGACCAAUAAGCCUGAUGAAACUGGUAAAACUAGUAUGCUGGCUGUAUCAAAUGUAUCUAGCAGUAAAUCAAACAUUAAGGCUGCUAUGGUCUCUUCUCCUAAGGCAAAAACUACGGCGUCAAAAACUGAAAAUCAGAAAAGUUUUCUAAAAUCUGUGCUCAGAGAUCAAGUAAAUACUGAAAAGAAACUUUCAGCCAAGGAACUUGGUCUACUCAAAAGUACCAGGUCAGGCUUGGCAGAAAGCAGCAGUAAAUUCAAACCCACUCAGAGUGGUGUUACCAGAGGAGGCAGUGGAAAGAUCUCAGCCCUGCAAGGCAAGGAUUCUAAACUGGAUUACAAGGAAAUAACCAAACAGUCUCAGGAAACAGAGGCUAGACCUUCCAUCAUGAAACGGGAUGACAGCAACAAUAAGGCUUUGUCUGGGCAAAACACUAAGAAUUUUAAAAGCACCACUGGUAGAAGUUCCAAAUCUAAAGAGGAACCAUUAUUUCCAUUUAACUUGGAUGAAUUUGUUACUGUGGAUGAGGUUAUAGAAGAAGUGAAUUCUUCUCAAGCCAAGCAGACUCCAUUAAAGGGAAAAAGGAAAGAAGUUCUUAAAAAUACUCCUUCCUCUGAACUUAACUUGAAAAAAAAGAAAGGGAAAACAUCUGCUUCUCGUGGUGUUGAGGGAGAAUUAUCUUUUGUAACAUUGGAUGAGAUUGGGGAAGAAGAAGAUGCAGCUGCACAAGCUCUAGUCACUGUGGAUGAAGUAAUUGAUGAAGAAGAACUAAAUAUGGAAGAAAUGGUAAAAAAUUCAAAUUCACUUCUUACAUUAGAUGAAUUAAUUGACCAGGAUGAUUGCAUUUCCCACAGUGAACCGAAAGAUGUUACUGUUCUAUCAGUGGCUGAAGAACAAGAUCUUCUCAAACAAGAACGAUUGGUAACUGUGGAUGAAAUUGGAGAAGUAGAAGAGCUACCUUUAAAUGAGUCAGCAGACAUAACUUUUGCCACUUUAAAUGCUAAAGGAGAUGAAGGAAAUGCUGUAAGGGAUUCCAUUGGGUUCAUUUCUUCUCAGAUGCCAGAAGAUCCUUCUACUUUAGUCACUGUAGAUGAAAUACAGGAUGACAGCAGUGAUUUGCAUUUAGUGACUUUGGAUGAAGUAACUGAAGAGGAUGAAGACUCUCUGGCUGAUUUUAACAACCUUAAAGAAGAACUUAAUUUUGUUACUGUUGAUGAAGUUGGAGAGGAGGAAGAUGGAGACAGUGAUUUAAAAGUUGAAUUAGCACAAAGCAAAAAUGAUGGUCCUCUAGAUAAAAGAGGAGAUAGAAAGAAGAGAGCCAUGGACACAAAGAAGACAAAACUUGAAGCCUUGUCCCAAACAGGUCCAGUAAAUGAGAAUAUUACAGAAGAUCUGAAAACCAUGAUUGAAAGACACUUAGCAGCUAAAACACCAACGAAGAGAAUUAGAAUUGGUGGUAAAGCACCACCCUCAGAAAAAGCUGUUGCAACAGAAUCAGCAAAAGGUGAAGAGGCCUUCCAAAUUAGUGAAGUUGAUGAAGAAUCUGGAUUAAAGGAUUCAGAACCAGAUCGAAAACGUAAGAAGAUUGAAGACUCUUCUUUAGGCAAAUCAGUGACACCUGAUAUCCCAGAAGAUUUAGAUUUUCUUGUACCGAAGGCUGGAUUUUUCUGUCCAAUUUGUUCCCUCUUCUACUCAGGUGAAAAAGCAAUGACAAAUCACUGCAAGAGUACACGUCAUAAGCAAAAUACAGAGAAGUUCAUGGCCAAGCAAAGAAAGGAAAAGGAGCAAAAUGAGGCUGAAGAAAGAAGCUCUAGGUGAUUGAGAGAAAGGGGAAAGAAUUCAUUAGAAAUUUGUUUAGGGUCCAGUUGAUUUGUGUAUUUUUGUUAUCACUUAAUUUGUAAUUUUUGUUUCAGAAGCAAAUAUUCAUGUUGUACAAAUUUCUGAUUGCCCUUGAUGUAGAGAGACUGAUGGGGAAAGUAUGAUGGGUUUGAUUUUUAUAUCAAAUCAUCAGGCAUGGAGAAAUGUCUUUUAGAAGUGUUAAAAUAAAUGUUCCUACUGUAUAUUUAAAAUA